GAUUGCAUGCGGUGUUAUUGACUGAGCCUUUGUAAUUUUUGCUGUUAUUUUUUUCUGAUUCACGUAUAUUUACUGUUGGUUGAUGUUGCUCCUUCUUCAGCAGAGUACGAAAACUUAAAGCAUUUUACAAAAGUAACUGACGUGGUUGAAGAUAGUGAGUUUUAAACUGAUAUAAUAAAAAUAAAUAAAAAAUAAAUUAAAACAACUCUACGAGCAUCCACGCUAUGUGAUAAUUCCUAUAAACUUCCCUAAUGCCGUUUGUUCAUAUUUAGUAACAACUCAAACGGGAGACACAAAGCUUCGAUUUAAACUCAUGAUAAUGGCACAUCUGUAUGGCAGCUCUACCUGCAUUUCGAUUUUAACGUUUUUACUAUUACAACAACGUGGCUUCAUACGACUAGACACAGCGGAGGCCCAAACAGUGGGACCCAUUUUAGAAACACCAAUACGCAGCGAUCGUGUAGUGUUUCCUGAUGAAUUAGAAGAGCUAUUAAUAAAAGCAGACGAUUCAGGUGAGGAGGGCGAAAUACAUGGAUCCAGCUUUACUGAUACAAUAUCUGGUGAAGAUGAAGACGGAGAUGUUUCUGAAUAUAUUUCUUCUGAAUUAAUGGCGUCAACUGAAAUUGAGUUGCUAUGUAAGAGUGAUCUAAUUUGGGAUCCUGUUUUUAAGAGAAAAAUAAUGCUGAUGGAAAAAGUGGUGGACAGACCUUUUUGUUGAUUUGAA